CUGCCGGGAGCAAAAUCUACUUUUAUUUCUUCAUUUCCUGAAUUAAAAUGUCCUGGAAAUUAAUUUUCAUUCUAUGUAUUAGUCGCCCUCUGCUAGGCUGUGAUGUCAGAUGGUUUAGAUCUGAUCGCCAGGAUAACUGCCGCUGUAGUAACGAGUCCUGGUACAAGAGGGACUCGGUAGUGUCACACUGUGAAGACGACAGGAAACUCGACGCGAGAUGUCUGAGCCGUUUUCCCCAUGAAGUCGUACGCACUGAGAACGAAGAGAGCAUGAAUAUGAGUCAGACAAACUUCACGAGAAACUUAAUUACGUGCCCGGUGAAGGAAAGCGUCGAGUUGAUGUAUUUUAGUAACAUCACUAAUCGCAGCACCAGCAAUGGCACCACCAAGCCGGACCUUACCUACACAUUUGAGGUCGACAACUUGGUUAAGGUGAUGAGCAUCUGCUUUAGCUUCCUUAAAAGAGUGGUCAAUGGAGAAAAGACCGACAAAGCCAAGUUAAUUCUAACCGUUACCACGACCAACGAUAGAGAGCUGGACCUGGCCUUGACCUCUGACUUCGAUGAGAUAAAGGCCUGCAACCAGUUUGGAUAUAUUAUUACUAUUGGCGACAUAAACCAUAUGUAUUACAUCGUCACUGGGGUUACACUAGCCGGAAGUUCCAAGAAGUUCCGCGUCGUGCGGAAAAACGGUUCAUAG